CGGAUGGAGGCGGCGGCGGAGGAGGCGGGGAGCGGACGGCGGCUCCAGGUGGACUCUGUGCGGCUCAGGAAGAUUGGGCCGCGGGCGGCUCGCGCUCUCUGCAGCCCGGGAGAGCGGGCGCGUGUCCUCCCGGGGCUCUGCUAGGUGGCGGCGGCGGCCGCCGGGGGGGGACUGACAGUCAGGAGGAGGCUGUUUGUGUGCCCGUGAAUAUUCCGCUCCCCUCCUGAGGAAAGAUGAGACGGGACGUGGCAGUAGCAAUCCUCCUCCCGCUCGCCAGCUGCUGCUUCCGUUGCACCGUCACAGACAUCGGGAUCAUCUGAGGGGGAAAAAACAAGAAACAUCGUCUUUUGCAACCACUGGGCCUGCGGGAACAUCCUCCUUCUCUCCUCCCCUUCGUGUGGAGCCGUUGCAGCAGCAGCACUUGGGCAACGCUUUAACCCUCCCUUCACCCUCACUCCGCCCAGUUGCACUGAACGAUGAAGAGUUUCGACUAAAGAAAAAGUGAGCGAGCCUGUUCAUCAGGGGAAAAUCGGAUUUUAUUAUUGAUUAUUUUUGUACAAAUUUUUGAAGGGAAUAGACAAUAUAUCCAGUUUUUAUCUCCGCACAGAUUGUUUGCAAGGUCUCGAGAGAUUGAAUUUCUCCUCCCCGACCAAAUAUGUGGAACUCUGGCGCUGGCUCUCUGCAGGUAUUGAGUAAAGUGUUAAAGAAGUUGGGCAAAGGUCACUUGGCGCUGAGCCGGGGCUUGCAGAGACCCUGCCCCGACUCAUUGCUGCUGGCCCAGGGAGAAGCGGUGAACGUGGAGCGGGUCCAGGUGAAGCCCGAACUGAGCCUGCAGGAGCAGGGAAUGGAGAGCGAGUUGCCCAUCCUGGGCGACCCGAAGGCGACCUACUGCCUGAACGGCUGCUGCCUCAAGAGCUUCCUGCUGGUCUGCGUGCUCACCUUGGUCUGCUUCUCCUCACUAGCGCUGGUGCGACGCUACCUGAAGGAGCUGCUGCUCUGGGUGGAAAGCUUGGACAGCCUGGUCGGGGCAUUGCUCUUCGUCGUGGGUUUCAUCGCCGUCUCUUUUCCCUGCAGCUGGGGCUACAUCGUGCUGAACGUGGCCGCCGGCUAUCUGUACGGUUUCGUGCUGGGCUUAGGGCUGGUGGUGGUCGGGGUGUUGAUCGGAACCUUCAUCGCACACCUGCUCUGCAGGAGGCUGCUGGCGUCGUGGGUCAUUACCAAGGUCCGCGACAAUGAGCAGCUCAGCGCCGUGGUCAGAGUGGUGGAGGGAGGCAGUGGACUGAAAGUGGUAGCCUUGGCCAGACUCACCCCCAUUCCUUUCGGGCUGCAGAAUGCAGUGUUUUCGAUUACAGAUUUAUCUCUUCCAAACUAUCUUGUCGCAUCCUCAGUUGGACUGCUUCCCACUCAGCUUUUGAAUUCUUAUCUGGGAACAACACUGCGCACAAUGGAAGAUGUUAUUGCUGAACAGAGUGUCAGUGGAUAUUUAAUAUUCAGUCUGCAGAUCUGUAUCAGCGUUGGAUUGAUGUUUUAUGUUGUGCAUAGGGCUCAUACUGAAUUGGAUGCUGCCAUUUUGGCUUGCCAGAUGGAGCUGAAGACUUCCUUUAUUAAAGACGGUCACCCAAAUGGACCCAGCUUGACAUUCUGCAAUAAGAGGACUUCAGCAAUGACAAGUGGUGGAAUUAAUAUUGUAUGAAUCAAAAUGAUUAUAUAGAUUCAGGGAACUGUAAACCCAUCAGCCAGUGCUAAUUUUAGGUCACUAGAGGCUAAUGACUAAUUGGGCAUCAGUACGUUCUGGCUUCGCACGACUGCCUUAAUAGUGAAUAAAUUAAAGGUAUGGUACUGGCAGCUGAAAUAGAAAGAUAAUCACAAUCCAUAUAGUGAUGGAGUUUAGUUGCUGGUGAAAAAGAAAGCAAGGUGGAAGGGCAACUUUAUAAAAAAAAACUAACAUUUGUAAUGUAUUCAUAAGUGAAUUCCACAGACUAUGUUGAACCAUGUUUUUUUCUGUUGUGGAAGAAUGCACUGUAAGUUGACUCUCCUUUCCAUCACAUUGACCUUGUAAAUUGGUUUACAAUCAAAAUUUGUGCAGAGUGAUAUAUAUAUAUGUUUGGUAGCAACUGUAUUAUAAAAUCUAGUACAUGUGGCAUUAUGGUGUAUCUAGUAAGACAAUUUCUGUUUGUGUGAAUAAACUGCCUAAUGUCAAAUGAGCAGGCAAGAGAAAAGAACCAAAACGCCUCCCAUGUGUGGAGAGUGAAGUAGAGUGUUACAAUCUAUACGAUUUAGAACAGUGGAAUUUCACAUGUCACCGAACAAUCAAAGUACCUCUUCUAAUCUGGUCCUUAAAGCAUUAAAUAAUACAAUGGUUUUGCUGAUCAAUCAAAUGAGCACUAAGUUUAUAUAUUUGUCUUGCAAUGUAACCUUCUAAUUAAGUGAGUAAGAGUAGCACAGAUGACCCUGUGGCUGCUUGUAAUAUGCACUUUAGUUAUUUGGUCUUAAUGAUACCAUUUGUAGAAUAAAGGAUGACAACAGAGUGUCUCAAAUAUAAUAAGUUCAGUGUCAUUGAGCUAUUGAAGUUGUCUGCUAUAAUUGAAAUAAGUAAAAUGUAGGGUUGAAAAGAAUACUCCCUAAAUAAAUUAUUUUGCACUCAAGAAUUAUCAUGUUGAAGCGGAAGACAUUUACAGUCUUAUUAUUGAUCAGUUUGAACCAGGUGGCAUAGGAAACAUUAAAAUGUACAUGAAUAUGCUCCUUCCCAUCAAAACAUGGAAGUAAAAAUAUAAAUACCACAAGGUGAUAUAUAUUUUCUCAAUCUAUUCCAAUCUGUGGUUUCAAGGUGCCCUAUGAGUUUACAAAACACCAAGGUGUGUUUUAAACUAUGUGAUUAAAACUAUGAUGAUACCAACAUCUCAAUAUAUUAGUCAGGGCUGUUCCAUUUGUUAAAAUGCUGAUGGCAUUAAUGUCUCAAACAAUCUCCGUGGAAGAAUGUUCAUUUCAGCAAAGUCAUUGAGGUAAUUUUAAUCUGCAUUUGAAAUCUUAGCUUAAAUAACAUAUUGAAAAAACAUAAUUAAGCAAUUAAAUGCAGUGAAAUAAACAGAAAAUGCUGAAGUACAUAGCCAGUCUAUUAUUUGAGUGACAAUCCAUUUUCAUCAAAUAGGAUUUUCUUUUUAGAUAGAUGCACAUAUCAGAAAUUUUGCAUGACAAAUACAUUUUAAAUCGGUAGGCAGCAUGUACAAUGAUUCAUUUUGCCUGAACAUCCCACGUGUAAGAUAAAAUACUUUAGUUCUGUAUAUAUUGAGCAUCAGUUAGUUAAUGCACUAUGGCUUAAUAACUGCCUUUAAUGCAGCAUGUUUAUACUGAAUGUGCUGUUCUGUGGCACAGUAAAUUUCAAAAGAUGUGUUGCAUGUUUUCUGAGCCAUUACUUUGAACUAUCAAUGUUGUUUUCUUUGCUGUUCUGAUAUUUACAUAUGUGUCAAUGCUCUCUUUGCCUUGAUGGUAAUCUGAUAACUAAUUUACAUACAGCACAUGAGGUAACUUUUAUAUGAUGUAGCACAUUUAAAAGAUACAAACGAUAUUUGUACUCCUUUUAGUUUUUAUAACUUGGAGUUGACAGACAUGCACUUCUAGCCAAUACCAAACGCACAUGAAUUGCUUCCUUUUAUUUGAUGUGUACAAUAUGUUCUUACUUAAGUGUCCUAUGUACCAUUCAGACUUAUUCCAAAUCUUGUCAGGAUCAUAAAUUGAACAGUGCUAUUAUGGCUAAAAUAAUGAAAUGUAGUGAGGUAGUGAAAAACAUAUUUGGAAAUAAUUGGGAUCAUACAGAGCUUAUUACAGUUCUUUGUUUUGAAAACAGUUGUGAUAAGGGAAGAGAGUAGAGCACAUUUGUUUAUGCUGAAACUUUGUAGGUUGUGGCAGUAGAGUUGUAGCUGAUUAUGGAAACUUGCAAAGCAUAUACCAUACAUAUUUUUCUCAAACUUCAGUUGACAUUCAUCCAAACGAAUCACCGUUUUGGGGGCAAUCGCAUAUUUCAAUGCAAAGAAAGGUCUCUUCUUUAAAGAAUAAGAUUUAGUUGUAAUUAAUUUAAAAAAGCACAGUGCAAAGAACUUUGAUUUGUUUCGUGUUUGUCCAAGAGCAUCAGUGGGAAAACGUACAACUGAUUUUACAAACUGAAAACGGGUAUGGAACAGAUACAAUUUUAACUUGGACUUGGGACUUUGAUAAUGCUAUUUUUAUUAUAAAUUCUAUAACAGCUGUGACCUUGCUCCCUUCUAUAAGUAAAAUUGAUGUGGAAGGUUACCCAACUUAUUCUGCUUUUUGUUUGCAAAAACAGAGUGGUGAAUAUUUUGUUUAAUGUCUUUGGAUUGAAUUGCCCUUUAUAUUUCUUGAAAAGUAUUAAGAUUUUAUAAAAUUUGAAUUCUGCUUGAAUUGUCAAUGAUACUUUCAUAUAAUGGCACUUGGCAAUAAUAUGUAUGUAUAUCAAUAGCACAUUAUAAACACAGUGUGCAGAAGAUUCCAGCAAUCAGCUGCAGAUUGUUCUGUGAUAAAUCUGCAGAGGUAUCAUCAUGGUUGAGUGUUUUGUGUGAAUAUUGCGCAUCAAGAAUAUGAUGCGCAUGAACUGUGUCCAGAUUAACAGCCACUGGCAUUAUGGAAACUCCAGAAUAAAAGGCCGGUAUGAAAUUGAAACUAAAUAUAUAUUCUAAUUAAGUGAUUACAAUGUUAUAAUCUAAUUUUGGGUUCAGGUGACUGCUAGAAACUACCUUUACUGAUGUGGUUUGUCAUUUGACUGGCUCAGUUAGGUCACUCAAAGUUACGCCUGGCUUAUGGUAUUUUGUGUAGAAACAACUGAUGGUUUCUAUACACAGUAAAAUUGAUACCAUUGUUUACUAUAAAGUGCAUUUCUCAAUUGUAUUGAUGUCAGAUGAAAAAUUGAAUAUUUAAUUUAAUGUGUAAUCCGUUUUAAUAAAUUGACUUCUUAAAGUGAA